GAGUUGUUCUUCCGCUGCCCUCCGUAUCAGAUCCGGAGCUCCAAACCCUAGAAAAGGGAGCCGAACGAGGGAGAGAACCGCCCGCAAUCAAUAGCGUUUCUUUUCCGCGGAUCGAUCCCCUAUUUUAUCCAUCGUUCUCACGUCGAUCGAUCUUUCCGGUCGGCGACCUUCGGAUCCAUCACUAGGGUUUCUACCGUCCUCGCUUGCUUUCCUCGUCGCAAGAUGGCCGCCCAUCCGUCGAGUGCCGAACGAUCUCCGCUUUCGGCUCAAGUGGUAGGGAACGCGUUUGUUCAGCAGUACUACCAUAUCCUCCAGCAAUCGCCUGAGCUGGUGUACCGAUUCUACCAGGAGAGCAGCAAGCUCGGGCGGCCGGAUGCCCAUGGCGCCAUCAGCUUGGUCACCACCACCAAUGCGAUCAAUGAAAAGAUAUUGUCUAUGGGCGUUGUUAGAGCGGAGAUGAAGACGGUGGACGCCCAAGAAUCUCUUGGUGGCGGUGUGCUUGUGCUCGUGACAGGGUACCUCACUGGCGAGGACAGUAUUAAAAGGGACUUCACCCAGUCCUUCUUUCUUGCACCCCAGGACAAGGGUUAUUAUGUCCUGAAUGACAUACUCAGGUUUGUAGAAGAGGCCGAUCACCAGCAGGGACACCAGGGUUUGGCGAAUGGCACUACCGAACCUCAUGUAGUGGAACAUGAUUUACCUCCAGAACAAGAGCAACAUGCUCCGGACCAAACUAUCUCAUUGCCAGUAGGAGAUGAGGAGAUGAGCGGGGGAGAAGUUGAUAAUCCUGAAGACAAUGGGGAGAUUGUGGAAGAGGAAGACCCUAGUUGUGAGGUGAUCGAUGAAGUUCCAAACACUUCUCAGGCAGUUGUGGUUGAAUCAAAUGUCAAUACUGCCCAAGAGGAAGUGCCAAAGAAGUCAUAUGCUGCAAUUUUGAAGGCGAUGAAAGAUAAAGCUUCUGCACCAGUUACAGUAUAUGCUCCUUCUAGGCCAGUAUCAAUUAAAACAGAACCACCGGCAGUCCCUGUUCCUCCUGCAACUCAAGCAACUGAUAUGCCCACAUCCAGUUCUGCUGCUGAAAGCAGCAAUGUCCCAGAAACAGAUGCUGAUGGAUAUUCCAUAUAUGUGAAGAAUUUGCCUUUGGAUGCCACACCGGCUCAACUUGAGGAGGAGUUCAAGAAAUAUGGUCCUAUUAAGCCAGAUGGCGUACAAGUUAGAAGCAAUAAGCUGCAAGGUUACUGUUUCGGUUUUGUAGAGUUCGAGGUGGCUAGUGCUGUUCAAAGUGCAAUAGAGGCCUCGCCUGUAAUGAUAGGUGGUCGCCAAGUUUAUGUCGAGGAAAAGCGGGCUACAAGUUCAAGAGUUAGUAACAGAGGAAGAUUUCCACCUGGUAGAGGGGGUGGGUUUCGCAAUGACUGGAGAGGCCGUGGUAGUUAUGGUGGGAGGGGCUACAGUAGAGGGGACUUCAAUACCAGACCUGAAUUUGGAGUCAGAGGUAAUGGUAGGGGAGCCUCUUCAAAUCGUGGAAGUGAUGUUGGGUACCAUAGGGGUUGAUCGUAUCGGAUGAAGCCGGUGGUUUAGGAAGCCGUGAUGGUUCAUCAGCCAUCAGUAGAUCUACCAAUAGUUGAACUAAGGGACUCGCCCUCGGGAUUGUGCUUUUUUGGUCCUUGGAUUAGUUGGAAUAUUGUCUUUCCUAUUGUUCUAGCAACAACUCAAGAGUGGGAGGUUUUGUUUUGUUUUGUUUUGUUUCUUGCACUCUAUUUUUGCUAGUAGCCAACACAUAGAAAUGUAGAAUAUAAAUGUCAUGAGGAUGGUGUUUGAUUUCUACAUGUCAUGAUUAACUUA